AUGGGCAUAGUGGUGGUUGUAUGUGGAUGUGGCUCUCAAAUCUAUAGUUGUUCUUGUGCCUUUCGACAUAUGUCUGUGUUUAUUAUGGGAGGCACAAUCUGGCAACACUGCUUACUGACGCUCGCCCUUUGGUGCGCGUGCUGGGGCCACGGGCGGCUGGUGGACCCUCCCUCGCGGGCGUCUGCCUGGAGAUUCGGCUAUGACACGCCCAUCGACUACAAUGACAACGAGGGCUUCUGCGGGGGUUUCAAUCACCAGUACCAGAACCAGGGCGGGCGCUGCGGCAUCUGCGGCGACGCUUGGGACGAGGACCCGCGCCCGCACGAGGCCGGAGGGAAGUACGCCACGGGGACGAUCGUGCGCACGUACACGGAGGGACAGACGAUCACCGUGCGCGUCGACAUCACCAGCAACCACCGCGGCCACUUCGAGUUCCGCAUCUGCCCCAACAACAACCCGAGCGUCGAGGCGUCUCAGACCUGCCUCAACAACCACCCUCUGUUCAAGGCCGACGGUUCAGGCUUCGAGCACAAGAUCAGCACCCACAACGGAGAGCAUGCGGUGCGGCUAAAACUACCGCGGGGUCUGACGUGUACCCAGUGUGUCAUGCAGUGGCGUUACGUGGCAGGAAACAACUGGGGCUACUGCGAGGACGGCAGCGGGGCGGUCGGGUGCGGACCCCAAGAGGAGUUCCGCGCAUGCGCUGACGUGGCGGUGGUUGCGCAGCCAACAUGGACCAGCGAGGGCUUCACGGCGAACGCGAGCACCGAGGUCAGCGAGUCGGUGACGAGCAGCUACACCUGGUACUCCACGCCCGACCCGAUCACGCUGAGCCCGACAGAGAAGCCGCCCCCGCCGCCCACAACGACCACGCGUACCACUACCCGGCGCCCAACGUCCACCAGAAGGACCACCAGACCGACCACGAGAAGGACCACGACCCCGAGGCCAACUACGACGCCUGCUCAGCUCAAGUCCACGCCCGCGCAUAAUAGUUGCCGAGCCGUGGGUGCCUGGAAGGACGUGCCCGGAAUGGACGAUUGGUGCGUCAGGAACUGCCUGCACACGCCGCCGUUCUGCCCCGCCUCCCACUGCACGUGCGACUAACGACCCUUUCGCCAGCGGGUCGUUAGGGCGGCGAGGCGGGAAACCCUCAACGGGCGGGGGGGAGGCUUCACUAGUCAGGGACGCAGGGGAAGGCGCCGACGUCGCCAGGGAAGGGCCAGCGGGGAGGCUCUCGCUCGCCAUUCUGGGAACUCUCGCAGCCAUCAGUGAGGCUAAACGUGUUGAAAUCAUGUCUGGAACCGCGACUCCAUUUGCCAUGUCACCCCGAGGAAAUAAGCGUGUUUUUGAGUUCAAGAUGGUAUUUGGAGACUGUGAACUGUGUGCCAUGGUUAUGAAUCUUCUAAAUGCCAGUUAUGCUUUUCUUGAUUACUAUAUUGUACCUUUUAAGCACUUUCAUUGUUUUGCUUUACGUUUGACUGCAGGGACAUAUUUCUUUUAUCCGAAUAUAUGCUUGAAUGUGUUAAUUUAUAUAAGUUAGUGUGUGAUUAUUUAUUUUGGGUUAGUGCAAUUCGUUUGCAGUCAAAGAAGUCAAAGAAGUGUAGGCCUAUACAUUCACCACGUGGCGUCGCGUGUCUUUGAUCUUGCGUGCUUCCCUAAAGCAUCAGAUAUAUUCCAGUACGAUCAAACUGAUAAAUUAUCCUACAUAUCUCAAAACCCAUAGCUUUGAUGUAUUAUCGUAUAUUAAAUGUAGAAAUAAAUUAUAAAUUAUGCAUGUUAAAUUUACGCGGUUUAUACAUACGAUUAUCAAACUUGUACUGAUUGUACUGGUUACAGGUAUUGGUAACAUCAUUUUAUUUGAAUUUUAUGAAAUCAUUAAGGAUACACGUAUUUAAUAGUAGCAGACGAAGACAGCGCAGCGCGAAUCAUGGAAAACGCCCUAUUUAUGCCAUACAGUGAACAAUGUCUGUUCUUGGAUAAGCGAUUCAUCCUAAAAGCGCGAUUGUAUAAGGAAACAAGUGAAUUAUACCUUGCUUUUCAAUUGGCGUUUGAAAGUAAAAGGAAACUGAAUCCUUUUAGCGUUUAAAGGGAUUGGAAACCACUAACAAUGUAAGCGGCUUGGAUACCUUCCUCAAAAGCUUCUCCAGAAAGGGAAUCUAUUUAUUAUCACGUUAUAUAAAUAUUUACUUUUAUUACAUAAAAGUGUCCGUUUCCAAAAAAGGAUAUCAGCUGCGGUGAUUCAUCACAAACAUAAGUUUGUUGACAUUAAAGAAAGAAAAAAGUAAAUCAGAAUGACAAUUGCUGCUUUUCCAAAUACAAUUUUUAAACCUGCAAACCGGAUUCUCGAAAUUCCUCCUGCAAAACUUCUGUUACGGCAAAACUCGUUAAUCCAGACUAUUAAACUUGUAAUUCGGUUUUGAUCAUCCGAAAGUGAGAGCCAGUCUGCAAAGUACGCGAGUUGUUGACAAGCCUCCGUAGCCAGUGUUGAAUUUAGGUUCAAAUAUUUAUUUUAUGUGUACUACCCUCUAUUUAUACCGAGUGAAUUUUUACUGUUAUCUGCACUGUUUGUUUGAGCAAAGUAAAAUAUUAAAA